AUGCCUCGUCUGAUAUCUGCCACAGCGUAUUCCGUUUCUGUCGAAGAUGACUCCCUCCAUGCGGUCCCAGCUGUCCGGAAUCGGCCUCGAGCCCUGCCCAACUCUCCGAACGAAUACACGCCAUCCUAUCUUGAUUGUCCACCCGAUGUCCCGGUCGUAAGAAGCGCCACUGAAUUGUCGCCCGACGAGACGGCAUGGUUGGAAAGAAGACGGAACAACACUAUCGGACCCAUGCGAGAUUUGCUGGGUCGUUUGAAUGUCUCUGGGCUCAAUACCAGUCAAUAUAUUGACCGAGUGUCGAACAAUGCGUCUGCUCUGCCUAACAUUGGUAUUGCCGUGUCUGGUGGUGGCUGGCGAGCCAACAACAACGGUGCUGGCGCUAUCAAAGCCUUCGAUUCGCGCACUCCCGAUACCACUCAGGAGGGAGGGCUAGGCGGGCUCCUUCAGGCCACCACGUAUCUUUCGGGCCUCAGUGGAGGUGGGUGGCUCGUGGGCUCUCUUUUUAUGAACAACUUCACGACGGUGGGAGCACUGCAAGCGGAUGACACCGGUUCAGUCUGGGAGUUUGGAAACUCGAUCCUUGAAGGUCCCGAGGAAUCAGGCGUUCAGCUUUUGAAUACGGCCGAAUACUACUCCACUCUUUACAGCGACGUCGAUGGAAAGGACGAUGCCGGCUUUGAGAUUUCUCUCACGGAUAUCUGGGGUCGCGCUCUUUCAUUCCAACUCAUCAAUGCCACAGACGGUGGCCCCGCUUAUACAUGGUCUUCCAUCAAUCUGGCCCAAGAAUUCCAAAAUGGCAAUCAGCCGCUCCCGAUGCUCGUGACUCUUGCUCGAGCUCCUGAUGAAAAGUUGAUUCCAGGAAACUCGACCGUUUAUGAGUUCAAUGCAUUCGAGAUGGGCUCGUGGGAUCCCACGUCAUACGGCUUCGUUCCCAUGAAAUACUUGGGCACCAACUGGACAGCCGGAGAAGUGCCGAAUAAUGAACAAUGCGUAGUCGGAUUUGACAAUGCAGGAUUUGUCAUGGGAACUUCAUCUUCCCUCUUCAAUCAAUUUAUUCUCCAACUGAACGGGACGGAUAUACCACAAGGACUGCAGGAUUUACUGUACAGCCUUUUGGAGUUGAUUGACGAGGAUAACAACGACAUUGCCGAUUUCACGCCCAAUCCCUUCUACCACUACAACCGCCAAACGAAUCCCUCUGCGAAUUCGACCCGCCUGACCCUGGUCGAUGGUGGUGAAGACCUUCAAAACAUCCCUUUCCACCCCCUCAUCCAACCUAAUCGACACGUCGAUGUUAUCUUCGCCAUCGAUUCCUCCGCGGACACGGAGUACCUGUGGCCAAACGGAGCAUCCAUUAUCGCCACCUACGAGCGCUCGCUGAGUGACAUCUCCAAUGGCACCGCAUUCCCCAGCAUUCCCGACAAGAACACUUUCCUCAAUUUGGGUCUCAACUCCCAUCCGGUGUUCUUCGGCUGCGAUACCUCCAACUUCACGGAGGGCACCAAUAUCCCCCCUUUGGUUGUCUACCUCCCUAAUGCACCAUACGUGACCUACAGCAACCACUCAACCUUUGCACUUGAGACGAACAACACGUACCGCGACGCCAUCAUUCUCAACGGUCUCAACGUCGUGACCAUGGGCAAUGGCACCGUUGACGAAACUUGGCCUACCUGUGUCGGUUGCGCCAUUCUGAGCCGUAGUCUCGAGCGAACCGGUACCGAUGUCCCCGACGUCUGCACGCAAUGUUUCGACCGAUUCUGCUGGAACGGGACCACCGACUACUCGACACCUGCGCCGUACGCACCCGAGACCAUCCUGGAACCUCUGGAUAUCACCGGUAAGGCCACGACGAAUACGAUAAGCCGUUGGGCGGUCGCGGUUGCUGCAGUUGUUGCGGUUGCUUCGGCUUGGUAA